CUACUCCGUACAACUUGCAAUCGUGAAGAGAAAAAGCCAAUUAGUCGGGUGGGGAGUCCCCGAUAUCUAUCCGGUUAUGCCGUCAGUUUACAAUCUCGUCAUUCGGCUUUUCAAUUCUUCGUCCUUCUAAUUUGUUGCGCGCCCCACCCCCUUUUUCCCUUGGGAGCUACACUGGCGGGAUCAUUACCGACAGGCAAUUGGAACUGGACUCGAAAUUGGAUGAACACUGCACAAACGAGGCCUAUAUGCAAUAUUUCGGGGUGCGCUAGUGAGGAGGAUACACCAAUUAACCCAGAACCAGUUUUGCGUUCCUACCACUCUUUUAACUCCGCUACUCUGAACCCUGGCGUUCUCCGCGCCCGCAUAAAUAUCCGCGCACAUAACCAACAGCCUGCACCCCUCUAACCAGCAUCUACAUCCCCCCUCCUCCCCAUACGUGCCUCCCAUAAAAGCCCAUGGAGGGCGUCAACGUCUCCGAGCUCGUCGAGCGGCUGGGCAGCGACGAGGACGCCGUGCGCAAAAUGGCUGUUUUCAAGCUCCAAUCGAACAUCGGCGACCCGUCGUUUGCCGACGUGUUCAUAUCUGAAGGCGGGCUGGUGAAGUUGAAGUAUCUGGCGUUGACGGCUACGGGGAAUACGCUCGCAUACAGUCUGACGUCGUUUUCGCGGCUGUUGGAAGUUGAUAAGGGGUGGGAGUGUGUAGAGCAGGAUUUGGUUACGAGGAUUGUUGAACUCAUCGUUACCCAUCCACUUGUGAAUAUCCUCCGCGGCGCAAUGUCGAUCCUCGUCUCCAUUGUUUCUCACCCGCAUACAAGCUCCCGCCGCUCGCAACAACCAGGCGUGUAUGGAUUCCAAGCUCUCAAACCAGCAAUUGCAGCCUACCCGCACUUUCUCGAAAUGCUUGUGAACAGGUUAUCAUCAGCGGACCAUGCAUUGAGCGCCAAUGCGCUACAGUUGAUUAAUUCAUUGAUGAGAGAUUCGAUCAUCAACGAGAGCGAGGCUGAGUGGCCCAAGUUUAUCAAACGGUUACAGGAUCUAGGUGUUAUUCGAGCAGUAUAUAUGCUUAUGCAAGGCACGGCACUGCAGGACCUGGCUCACCCGCUCCUUGAGUUCCAAUCGUUGACAAAGGUUCUCUUGCGAAAGUGGAAGGAUGUCCCUGUCGAAUUAGAGAAGCCGGAACAUCGGAGGGCGUUAAAAGGGAUUCAUUUGGCUAGCAAAACUGAGAAGGAAAGGGAGAAGGACAAAGAGGAGUUGGAGAAAGGCGACGAUACACGACGGUCUCGAAGACAUAACCCGGAAAAGUGGAGACGGCUAGGGUUUGAGUCGGAAAGUCCCCAGUGGGAGUUUGAAGAGAUGGGAUUCUUGGGCAUGAUGGAUUUGACGGACUACGUUAGGAAGCAUCAGGAUGAGUUCCAGAAAAUGCUGUUGGAACAGUCCACCAAACCGCAGCCGCAGCGGUGUCCAAUUGCAAAAGCGUCCCUGGCUGUCACUGCGGUUCUCUACGAGCAUUUCGAGGUGGAAAAGUCGGAUCUGGAUGAUGUGAAGAGCUAUCUUGUGCUUGAAUCAAGAUCCAACUACGACAAGUUAUUCAAGCCGUUGCUUCUCCACUGGCCCAGGCUGCACGUGGCAGGGAUACAUGCGUUUUUCCGUCUGUGGAAAGCGACCGGCGCUGAGCUGGAGGAUUUUUCCAAAAUUGUGGAACUAGUUCGUAUCCUUAUCGAAUCUGUCGUUGGCGGUGCCACGCGGACGAAAGACGUGCAUGAUGUUGAAGAAGAGAUGGCGGAGUUUGAAUACCAACGUCUUAGAGAGUUGCAGAUGGAGUUGCUGGAGCUUACCUAUGAGGAUGCAUGGGGCCAGCAUCUCCUCCAGGUCCGCGAUGAGCUCCAUCAUGAAGCGCUGCAGUUUGUGAAAGAGCAGCGCAUCAGAUGUUUAUUACAGGGUGCUUGGUUCCCGACGGAGUAUACUCACAAUAAGAUGGAGAAUGGGGUGAAUAAUAGUGGAAAGCAAGAUGCGAAACGCGCUGGGGGUUCCACAACCAUAUAUCGCUAUGUACAGUUGUCACAUAAUCGACGGUACCUGCACUACGCCGAUUUUGAAUCGAUGGGGAAGCAGGCGCCUGAUUUAGAGACACUCACUGACAAAAUUGACCUUAACAUCGUCUCCUCCGUCGUCUCCAAUGUCUCCGCGUCCUCAGACGCCUCCUCGAGCUCCACAAUAAAAACUCUCCCUCAUUCAUCUUCCUCCACCAAAAUAACCAUCCACGGCUACGUCGGUAGACCACCCGGCUCUUCCUCCAACGACAGUCCCCAAAAUCAUCAACACCAACGCAGCAACAGCAAGAAUACACAGAAAGAAGCCGUCCUGUUAACUUUACACCCACAAUCCCAUAGCAUCGCGUCCGAGUGGUUGGAUGGGCUGCUAAUGCUGCUCAAUCAGCAGCCUAUUACUGCUGAGACGAAUAAACUGAUUAACCUGGUUAGUAAUUAUGGACUGAAGAUUCGGCUGUUGAAUAUUAGAUUUGAUGAUGGGACGUUCGUAGGGGAUCCGCCUGAAAUUCCGAGUCGGGACGGGCUGGAUGAAGACUAUUAUUAUGAUGUGUUUGGGGGGAGUUGAGAGCUAGGGGCGUGGUGAGAUUUGCAUUCUCGCUCAAGCUGAUUCCUUUUCUGAUGAACGUGGGCUCAUACUUUGAGUGCAGAAUGUUUUGGUUUUCUUUUUUCUUUUCCGUUCUUUCAGAUUCGGUGGAAAUAUAUACCUCUUGUUUCUGUUUGUCCCAGUUGGAGCUGGAAAACAUAUUAUUUCCUAGAUUGGAGUGGACUAUAUCGCCAUAUCCUUGGCUCGUCUGUCGGGGUCUACGCGAUUUCAUUUUUAAAUUUUUGUUCGUGUGUACUUUUCUUCUUGCACUUUGAUAUGAAGAUAGAUACCCUGCCCUGCUACAACAUGUUUUGUUAAGGAUAUAUAUCAUGUUAGAUUAUCGCUUCGUUGCUUUUUCGGAACGCCUCAUACUUAUGAAUCGGGGCUGCUUUUGACUUAACUUUGAUGAUACUGCCCGAGAGUUAUGUAAUUAAAUAGAUAACAUCUUCUCACAUAUACCAAUCAAUAAAAGGAAAACAUAUAUUUUUC